AUGGAAGCUCCCGAGUAUUUUCAGAACAGUUUCUGCCCACAAUUCACACCGGAAAAGCGCCACUCUUUUGACAAUAAUAACAAUAAGGCCACCAAUGGCGGUGGCGGUGGCGGGGACCAUUUCAUGGUGGAGGACCUUCUCGACUUUUCCAAUGACGACGCGGUGAUAACCGACGGUGGUGCUACUUUUGAUAACGUCACCGGAAACUCCACUGAAUCUUCCACCCUCACAGUCGUCGACAGCUGCAAUUCUUCUUCCUUAUCGGGCUCCGAACCCAAUGUCAUCCCCGAUAUCGGGUCCAGAAAUAUCGCAGAAGGCCCAUUCUCCAGCGACCUCUGCGUCCCGUACGACGAUUUAGCUGAGCUCGAAUGGCUUUCGAAUUUCGUGGAGGAGUCGUUUUCCAGCGAGGACCUGCAGAAGCUGCAGCUGAUAUCAGGAAUGAAAGCCCGACCCGAUGAGUCAGCUUCCGAGACCCGACAAUUACAACCCGAACGCAACCGAAACGACAACGCUCACAACACCACCACCACCAACAACAACCCGAUAUUCAACCCGGACGUUUCGGUACCCGCCAAGGCCAGAAGCAAACGGUCCCGGGCGGCCCCAUGCAACUGGACCUCCCGCCUCCUCCUCCUCUCCCAGCCGACGUCGUCCUCGGAGCAAUCCGACGUCGUUUCAAGUGGGCCGGCAUCUCCGUUACCGCCGCCGUCAUCCACCGGGAAGAAAACGGUGAAGUCCGCCCCGAAGAAGAAGGAGAGCCCAGAGGGUCCGGGAGGAGGACCGGGGGAAGGCCGGAAGUGCCUGCAUUGCGCGACGGACAAGACGCCGCAGUGGCGGACAGGGCCCAUGGGUCCGAAGACGCUGUGCAACGCGUGUGGCGUCCGGUACAAGUCAGGUCGGCUCGUACCCGAGUACCGACCCGCCUCGAGCCCGACGUUCGUGCUGACGAAGCACUCCAACUCGCACCGCAAGGUGCUGGAGCUUCGGCGCCAGAAGGAGAUGGUGAGGGCGCAGCAGCAGUUUAUUCACCAAGUACCGCCGCAGCAGCAUCACCACCACCAUCAUCACCAUCAGAACAUGGUUUUCGAUGUAUCCAAUGGUGGAGAUUACUUGAUUCACCAACACGUGGGGCCCGACUUCCGGCAGCUGAUCUAG